AUGACCGAAUGGAGACCCUCGACUUCGCUUGAGUUCUGGGGGGACCUGAGUGACGGCAAAGCGCUGGACAUGUUGAUCCCGCCGCGAGUGAGGCCGGAAUUAGCCGAAGUGCCGUUUGCCACGGACCCGCGACACAGGAUUUCAAAAUGCCCGACCAGUCUACGACAGAGGGCCGACACGUCAGCCUGGUUCGGGAGCAGGUUUGUGGAGGACGUGAAGCUGUUUCUGGACCAGGACGACAUCAACCCUGCCUACUGGACAGAACAUCUCACGUACUAUAAACUGCCUUUCGGCUACAGACAGGAAAACAAAACAGCUGUAGACCUGAUGGUCGGAGCACUGAAAAAUCCCAAAAUCUUCGGCCCGAGUGGGACCCGAGAGCACCCGAGUGUGACCGAUGAUAGCCGAGUACGGUGCAUACGCUGUGCAGUUGUCGGCUCGGGUGGGGUAAUGAAGGGUUCGAAGAGGGGAACGGAGAUAGAUGGCCACGACUACGUCUUCAGGGUUAACCACGCUAACAUGCAGGAAAAGUUUGCGGACGAUGUAGGGCGGAAAAUCUCCUUCUACACCUUUUACCCCGAGUCACACGAACAUGACCCACGGUUAGCUGUAUCCGUAAGUAUACCGACACAUGUGAAAGUCGACGUUUUGUCGAAGAAGAUCUAA